AUGUCAACAGCACACAGACCAAACUUUGAUCCAGCAAAAGGAAGACAAUCCACCGCACACCUGAGUGCUCAAACGAGUAAAUUGGAUAUUCCUUCGUAUACCAAAUUAAAGUUUCGUCAACCUCCGCCAACUUGUUCUUCCUCUUCUGUUGCCUCUUCAUCUACCGCCUCGACCUCGGGUAGAAGAGAUUUGAAGAGGGAUUUGGAGCUGGCUGAAUGGGAAGCUACAAAUCGCAAAAGAGCUAAAUCGGGAUUGGAACCCCUCCCCGCUCCGUUCACAGUAAAGGCGGAGGCAGAAGAGAGGGAGGGAGAGGAGGAGAGGAACAGAAAGGAGGCUAUUGUGAGGGCUAUUGAGUUGGAUCGCGACAGUGAAACUUCCUCGGAUGAUGAAGCGGAACAAGAGGAGGAGGAGGAAACCAAACCAAAACAAGAGGAUCAAGAAGCACCAAGUUCCGAAGAAAGUGAUAGCGACAGUGAUGAGGACAGCGAAGAAGACGAACAGGCACUUCUACUCCGUGAAUUACAAAAAAUCCGCGCAGAACGAGCAGCAGGAAAACAACGUCAAACUCAACUAGACUCAACAAGCGCUCAACUCAAGAGACAAGAAGAAAUCGCCCGAGGAAACCCACUGCUCAACCUUGAAACCGUCUUUGCACCAAUAUCGCACAAAUCUCCAGCCAGAAGACAAGAGGUAGAGCAAGGCUUUGAGGUGAGAAAAAGAUGGGAUCAUGAUGUGAUAUUCAAGAACCAAGCCGAGGCUGCUGGCAAUACGGGCAGGCCUAACGGCGCUGCGAAUGGCUUUGUUAAUGAUUUGACUAGGAGUGAUUUUCAUACCAAGUUUAUGAAUCGUUAUAUCAAGUAA